GGUGUGGACAGAGAAGCGAGAGUGCGAGUGGGAACAGCUGGCGUGCUUUUGGAAAAGGAGUGGAUACGUCCUCAAAAAUCUACUGGAGGGGUGAACACCGGUCCGUUUUUACAAAAGCAACAUGUACACCAACGUAAAUCUGUUGUCACCCUUUGAAGUUUUUGAUAUAUAAAGACGAUAAGGACUUGCGUUUCUCCGUCACCUAUGAGCUGAAGAGAAGUACGUACAGCGCAGGUAAAACAGCAGAGCCGGAAGAACUCGCAAUACUGGUCGCGUUUGUUUUGGUUCUUCCAAGUGGAUUGCCUUUGCCAUUAUCUCAUAAAUGAGGUAACGUUAAAGUACUCGUUUUAAAGUGCAAAGAAGCUAAAGAAAACAUGUCGGACACGGGGAAAAAGAAACUCUUCGUCCUGGUGGACGUGAUGUGUGUUGUUGUAGCGUCUCUGCCCUUUGUGGCUAUGACUAUUGCAUCUCAUCCGUAUGAGCGAGGAAUCUUCUGCCAGGACGAGAGCAUUGGUUACCCAGUGAAACCCGACACCAUCACUAAUGUGACUCUGGCUGCAAUCACCAUCACCUGCACCAUCCUCAUAAUAUCCUCGGGUGAAGCAUAUCUGGUGUACAGCAAAAAAAUCCACUCCAACUCCUCUUUUAAUCAGUAUGUGUCGGCAAUCUAUAAAGUGUUGGGCGCAUUCCUGUUUGGAGGAGCUGUCAGCCAAUCACUGACUGACCUGGCCAAGUACACCAUUGGUCGGCCACGCCCCAAUUUCCUAGCAGUUUGUGCUCCCAAAGUCUGCAAAGGAUUCGUGAACUUGAACAACUGCACUGGCAACCCUGCAGAUGUGACCGAAGCCCGGUUGUCCUUCUACUCUGGUCACUCCUCCUUCGGGAUGUACUGCAUGCUGUUUUUGGCGUUUUAUGUCCAGGCCAGAUUGAAUGCAAAAUGGGCUCGUCUUCUGAGGCCCACCAUCCAGUUCUUCUUGGUGGCCUUUGCUGUGUAUGUUGGUUACACUCGUGUGUCUGAUUAUAAGCACCACUGGAGUGACGUAAUGGUCGGGCUCCUCCAGGGGGCGCUCAUUGCAAUUCUCACAGUGCGAUUUGUAUCAAAUUUCUUUAAGGUCAGCCCUUCACCUGAAUGCUCAAAUCAAGAGAAUGCGGUAAACGAAGAGCGAAAACCCAGUAACAGUUACCGAUAUUCUGGACCUGUGUGAGAGAAAUGAGGUUGAAUACUCACAUUUUGUCUCCCACGAACCACUGGACUGACAGAAGGAGGCGGAGUAAGACUGCACAUGCUCACAAUGAUCCUCCUUGGAAAAAAAAAAAAAAGCUUUAAUGUGUUUUACUUUGAGUGUGAACGGAAUUCUUUAUAUCUAUUUAAUCAAUUUAUUUUAAUCAAAAUGAUUUGCUGAGGAUACCAGAAAUUGUGGGACCAGAUCUAUUUUUAAAGUUUGUUUACCGGACCGGGUGCAUGUACAGUAUCUUCUAUAUUGGAAUCCUAAAUCCUACAGCACUGUUAUGUAAAUAAUGGUUCGCUUUUCUCAUGUCAUUUGACGAACUGAACCAUUUUCUGCGGUUUAAGAUGUAGGAAAUCACUGCUUGUUUGUAUUUUUCCAAAAAUGAUUUGUGCAAUUAAUUAUGUGAUAAUCUGGACUGCAAUUAUAGGUUAAUGUCAAAUUAUUAGGAUAUCUUUUUUUUUUUUGGGUUCCCCAUGUUUAAAAUGUAAACGUCAGAUACCACUACAGCAUCUGCAAGCCUUUUACGCUCGUUUAUUUUAAAGUUUUGCAUUUAAAAAAAAUUGCUUUAUUGAACAUUUUACUUUGUGAACUGUUGUUUCGUUCCUAUUAAAUAUUUGUAAUAA